GCGAGCCGAGGGAGUGUUUCUAUGGAAGCUAAUCAAUCAAAGCGCGCUUCGGCAGUGCGUAUGAAUUGUCCGGUCGCCAAGAUCUCUCUCACUUAAAAGAUGUAGCCAGGAGCUAUGUAGUGAAGUUGGAUAGCUGAUCACUUUGAGCGGACAACAUUUAGCUACAGAAAUGACGAGAACUUGCUUCAACUGGGAGCCUGUUUGAAUGAGGUUGAGUGAAACUAGCCUGCUGCUAGCUGGCCAGCUACUCACUCACACUCAAGUUGUGAAGCUAGCUAACGUUGUCGUUGGGUCAGAGUCUGGGAAGGAACACAAAGACUGCCACGGCGAUGGAGGGUCUACAAGGGACUUCGGUUCUAUUCAUGUAUUCUAGCUAGCUAGAUAUUUAAUUUUAAGAACAAUAAUGUUCUCGCUUUUCUCUUGGAACGGAAUAUAUGUUAGCAUUCUAAACUAAUAGCACUACAGUAUGUCGGAUCCAAGCCACUGGACCGCAUUGCCGAGCUACAAGUCUCAUUUUGUUACCGGGGCGAUGCUUAAACGGUCUAAAAGUUGCCGCAGCAGCAACAGGAAGAGCCUUGGUGUUGGGUCACCUUCUCCCACUCUGUCCAGACCUCUGUCUCCUCUGUCCGUCCACACUGCUGCAAGCAGUCCCCUGGACAGCCCUCGAAAUGUGUCUACUAGUACCACCCUCAGCUUUCCCUUUGCUCGCAGCCACAUGGCUCGCACUGACAGAGCGGAAGGCCGAAGAUGGUCGCUUGCCUCUCUCCCGUCAUCCGGCUAUGGAACCAACCCCCCCAGUUCAACGGUCUCUUCCUCGUCCUCCUCUCAGGAGCGUCUGCACCAGCUUCCCUACCAGCCCACGCAGGACGAGCUCCACUUCCUGUUCAGACACUUUCGCAGCUCGGAGAGCGUGACCGACGAGGAUGGACGCCCCUCGCCACUCAUGCGUCCCCGCUCCCGCAGCCUCAGUCCCGGACGAACAAAUGGCUCUUUCGAUAACGAGAUAGUCAUGAUGAACCAUGUUUACAAGGAGCGCUUUCCUAAGGCCACAGCGCAGAUGGAGGAGCGCCUGCUGGAUGUCGUCACCCUCUGCUCCCCGGACAGCUCCCUCCCGCUGGGGGACGGGGUGUUGGGCUUCAUCCAGCACCAGCUGGCCGAGCUGGUCCGAGACUGCCUGGACAAGUCUGAGAAGGCGCUCAUCACCUCGCGCUACUUCGCCGAGCUGCAGGAGAAGCUGGAGAAGCUGCUUCACGAGGCAUACGAGCGCUCCGAGAGCUCCGAAGUGACCGUAAUCACCCAGCUGGUGAAGAAGAUUCUCAUCAUCAUAUCUCAACCCGCUCGGCUGCUCGAAUGCCUGGAAUUUGACCCAGAGGAGUUCUACCAUCUGCUUGAGGCUGCGGAGGGUCAUGCCAAGGUGGGCCAGGGCAUCAAGACGGACAUCCCCCGUUACAUCAUCAAUCAGCUGGGCCUGACACGGGACCCCCUUGAAGACAUGGUGCAGCUGGAGCAGUAUGAAGCGGGAUCGUCCACGUCGGUGGAUUUCGAUGCACUUGUGGAGAAUAAAUGUCCCCAGGCACUCACCCCGACCAGAAGGAAACCGCUGGAGAGUGAUUUUGAGACCAUCAAGCUCAUCAGUAAUGGAGCCUAUGGGGCUGUGUACCUGGUCCGUCACACGGACACACGCCAGCGGUUUGCCAUGAAGAAGAUCAACCGGCAGAACCUGGUGCUGAGGAACCAGAUCCAGCAGGUGUUCGUGGAGAGAGACAUCCUCACCUUUGCCGAGAACCCCUUCGUGGUCUCCAUGUUCUGCUCCUUUGAGACACGCAGGCACCUCUGCAUGGUCAUGGAGUAUGUGGAAGGGGGUGACUGUGCUAACUUGCUGAAGAACAUGGGCCCCCUGCCAGUGGACAUGACCCGGAUGUACUUUGCUGAGACGGUCCUGGCCCUGGAGUACCUCCACAACUACGGGAUCGUCCACAGGGACCUCAAACCCGACAACUUGCUGAUCACAUCCAUGGGUCACAUCAAGCUGACGGACUUCGGCCUGUCCAGGAUCGGCCUCAUGAACAUGACCACCAACCUGUACGAGGGUCACAUGGAGAAAGACACCAGAGAGUUCAUAGACAAGCAGGUGUGCGGCACGCCCGAGUACAUCGCCCCAGAGGUGAUCCUGCGGCAGGGCUAUGGGAAGCCGGUGGACUGGUGGGCCAUGGGCAUCAUCCUGUACGAGUUCCUGAUCGGGUGUGUGCCCUUCUUCGGAGACACUCCCGAGGAGCUGUUUAGCCAGGUCGUGAGCGACGACAUCAUCUGGCCGGACGGGGAUGACGCUCUCCCUGCAGACGCCCAGGACCUGAUCACUCGUCUGCUGAGGCAGAGCCCUCUGGAGCGUCUGGGAACAGGGGGAGCGACGGAGGUCAGGCAGCACUCCUUCUUCCUGGGCGUGGACUGGAACGGGCUCCUGCGGCAGAAAGCAGAGUUCAUCCCCCAGCUGGAAGCUGAGGACGACACCAGCUACUUUGACACUCGCUCGGAGCGCUACCACCAUCUGGCCUCGGACGAGGAUGACGAGACCAAUGACGAAGAGUCUUCCCUCGAGAUCCGUCAGUUCUCCUCGUGGUCGCACCGCUUCAGCAAGGUGUACAGCAGCACGGAACAUCUGGCUACUCCGUCCAACCUGAGCUUCUCGUCUGACCGCAGCCACAGUGAGGAGAAGGAGGACCGCUGGGAGGGCAGACUCACCCCCUCCCCCAGCCUGGGAGAGAGCUACAGGCAGGCCAGCACCGGCGAGCGCUGGCACCCCGGACAGAGGGGGAGCCUUCGCCCCCGUGCCUCAUCGAGCUCCUCCCAGUCAGAGAGGGGAGCCAGCCCCCUAGUGGCCAUGAGCAGUACCCACAGCCUGGAGACCAUGCCACGUUUCGCCUUCUCCACCGACGAUGAAGCUGAGGUCGUGGUGUCGAACCUCCAGAGGAUCAGGAUCCGCAGUAACAGCACCGGAGCCAAGCACUCGUCCCCCAACGACCACGCCCCGCCGCGCUUCGGGAACCAGCUGGAGACCCCGGACAGACAGAGGCUUCCCUGCGGGGGGAAAGUCCCCAAGUCUGCCUCCGUGUCCGCCCUGUCGCUCAUCAUCACCGCAGAUGACAUGCCUGGCGGCCUCCAGCCGAGCCCCGUCUCUCCGCGCUCGCUCUCGUCCAACCCCUCGUCCCGGGACUCGUCCCCCAGCCGGGACCUCUCCCUCGGCCUGAGCAGCCUGCGCCCCCCCAUCAUCAUCCACAGCUCGGGGAAGAAGUACGGCUUCACCUUGCAAGCCAUCCGCGUCUACAUGGGGGACAGCGACGUCUUUUCAGUCCACCACAUGGUCCUGAGUGUGGAGGAUGGAAGCCCCGCCCACGAGGCCGGUCUCCGGGCUGGUGACCUCAUCACUCAUGUUAACGGGGAGUCCGUGCAGGGGCUGGUCCACACAGAUAUGAUCGAGCUGCUUCUGAAGAGUGGCAACAAGGUGUCUCUUCAGACCACGGCGCUGGAGAACACGUCCAUCAAAGUGGGACCCGCUCGUAAGGUCAGCCAUAAGGGCAAGAUGGCCCGUCGCACCAAGAAGAGCAAGAGAAGAGAAAAUCAAGACAAGCGGAGAAGCAUCCUGAAGAAGCUGUCCAAGCAGAGCACGGUGAUGCACAGCAGCCGCAGUUUCUCCUCUGGGCUGCACCAGUCGGUGUCGUCCAGCGAGAGCCUGCCUGGCUCCCCCACACACAGCCUGUCCCCCGGGCCCUCCACGCCGUGCCGCAGCCCGGCCCUGGACCACCAGGCUGCAGACACCCCUGACAGACACACCAACUCCCCCCAGAGCACCUCUCCCUGCUCCAGCUCCCCCAGCUCCCCGGCUGCCCACAUCCGGCCCAGCUCCCUGCACGGCCUGGGCUCCAAGCUCAGCACGCAGCGCUACACCAAAGUGGGCCGCCGCAAGUCCACCAGCAGCAUCCCCCCUUCCCCUCUGGCCUGUAACUCCUCCCCCCAGCCCCUGUCUCCGCAGCGCUCGCCCUCCCCUCUGCCCGGCAUCGCCAAAACCCUCCACACGUACCACGGCAAGACCCUGUCGCCCCCCACCAUCGUCCGCCACAUGGUGCGCCCCCGUAGCGCCGAGCCCCCCCGCUCACCGCUCCUCAAGAGGGUGCAGUCGGCCGAGAAGCUGUCCGGAGGCUACCACGCCGACAAGAAAUGCUACACCUCCCGCAGGCACACGCUGGAGGUGCCCUUCCAUGGAGAAUCCGAGCUCCUGGGAGACCUGGAGUUGGAGGGGGCCUGCGGAGUCUCCCACGUGGGGGAGCACGGGAGGCUGGUAGGGGGGUACCUGGGCAGCCAGCGGCUGAGGGACCUGGGUUCGGAGCGGUCGGAGCAGCUGGUGGUGAUGCGGAAGCUCAACCUGUCGGAGCGCCGCGACUCCUUCAAGAAGCAGGAGGCCGUGCAGGAGGUGAGCUUCGACGAGCCGGAGGAGAAGACGAGCCCCAUGGUCACCGUGACCGCCCCCGGCGCCAGGCCCCUGAACCAGCACAGGGCGGCCUGGGUGGUGACCCAGCCCCAGUCCAGCGAGGAGGUGGAGGUGCCAGCGGUGAGGAGGUUCAACCUGGUGCCUCAGAUCGCUGUGCAGGGCUCCACAGAGAGCGAGGAGCAGGACGAGUGGGAACCGUGCUCCGACGGCGAGGAUGACCCCGGCGAGAGGCCGGACUCUGCUGACGUCACACAGCAGCAACAGAAAACGGCAGCUCCCGCCUCUGAAAAUAUCCCCUGUAAAACAACUGAGGCCAAGGACGAGGCCACUUCGGAAAAGGCGGAACCGGUUUUGGAAAGCUCACAGAAAGGGAAGCUAAAAAAGUGACUAUAUCACUGUCUGUGACUUAUUUACGUACAGCCAUAUCUUUAAAGGGAGCUCCUUGGUAUUCCCCUUUCUGUCGAAGUAGGAAGUCAUUCGCCCCAGGAGUGUUUCCCUGCGAACCGAUUCCUACAUUGAUGUUUUGUUCUUUUGUAAAUUUUACUUGAACCACAGUGUUGUUUUGUAAAUACGUGACAUCAGGAAUUAGACUGACCUAGUUCCUGUUCUUAUUUAUUACUUUUUAUUAUAAGCUAUGAUGAUUUAUUAAUGGGCCCAAAAGGAAGUAUUCAACUGUUAGUGGCUAGCCAAGGGUAACUCAUGUCUUGUAUCCAUGAAAAUGUCUUUUGACUUGAUUUUUCUAUAAAUGUCUAUUUUUAAACAGGUUUGCUAAUAGUAGGAAGGAGACUUUGGACCAAAAAACUCUCAUUAGGAAGUAAUUUUUGGGAGAAUUUAGACUUGCCAGAUACAUUUUUUACAGACUCAUGAAUGGGCAAACUGUAGAGGAAUGUUGAAGGCUAAGAAGUUAUUCAGCGGGUGAAAGCUGGAACCAGGCUUGGUGUGCCUAGGAGUGAGUAAUGCCUUCACCCAGUCAAGGCUGCAGGGUAACAAACCUGUUUCAAACUUCUCUGGUCAGGUGAUAACAAUUAGCAUAGUUGACAUUAUCUUUUAUAUAUGGUACUAGCUUCCAUGCCGCACGUUAUUGUUAGGUAAGCCAUAUCCUCUAGCCUGGAAUGCAGGACUAAUCAGAUCAAAAGUGAAUCAUUUUUAUUGUUCACUGUUUGGACUUGACAGUAGCAGGAACGUGUAGUUCUCUCAAUGAAGGAAUUGUUUUAGUUUUUAUGGUUUACAGCUCUUGUUUACAGCUCUGAGCAUUUGUAUGCAAAUCACAAUCGAUCAGAUGGUGUUUCUUCUUCUAUUAGUUAUCACAGUCCUCCAGUGAGAUGAGUCAUCGUGACCCGAUCUGCUCCCGAUGACUCAUUGUUCAGUAAGUUUGUUUAAGAUUGGUAGCACGGCAAUGCAAAAAUUAUGUAAAAGCUGGUAUCUUAAUCCAUUUUUUAAACUGCAUAAUACAUGUAUUUUACACAGGAGGCUAAAGUUUCUCUCACACCUAUCUAUAUCUUGAGAUUUUACCACCCUCGCUACAGUUUAAACAUGGUUGGCAUCAAAUAUACUUGUUAAAGUAUAUAUAAAAAAAAAACACAAUUCCCAAUUUACUGUAUUGAUGUUUACAUUUAAUAGUGCACUAACUUCUGUAUUUUCUGCAUCAUAUUUUUUUAUGAAAAAUGUCAAGAGGAAGGCAAAUUUAAAACCAGGGCUGACGAACUGUCGUACCUUCAGUUGGAACCCAGGGAUAUGAACAAAAACCAGUUUUGUGUCCUUGUCCUAUACAGGUAUUCGUGUACAUGCUGAUACUGAGACUGUGUUAACGUCAGUGCCGUGUGCGAUGCUAUUAUACUUGAUGUGAGGAUGCACAGGAGUAGAGAAAGGCCCUAUUAGAGCAUAGAGCUCAGAAUCCCAUGCAUGUUGUUUCUUUCUGCUACAACUGUCAUCCCAAUUUGCACACUACAGCGAUAGUCCUAGAGGUUGUUAUCCCGGCAAACAUAGUACUCACUGUUGUUAAACCUUCCAUACAAACAAUACCUUCAGUGUUAUUGUUUCUCAGUGGAACACCGGGGGGGAAAAGGGACUUAACUAAUGAUGGACUGUUCACAGUGGGACUGCCAAUGACUGUUGGCGGUGAAAUGAAAUUUUGCUUGCUUGCAGCCUAUGAGAAUUGUUUACAAGGGACAUAUAUGCUAUGUAAACCUUUUUGUAAUCCUGUCAUUUCUACUUUCACACCAUAGCAAUCGAUCAGAACCCCAACACUGAAUCAUUUAUAAUAAUUGCUGUAGAAGUACUUUUUAGAACUGUAAAACUUCCUGACAGAUUUCAGGGAAGCCUUUACGUGGAUACGUACUUGUGUUUAACUUUAUGUUGAAUGCAUGCUGCAUGAAACAGACACACAGACUUGAUCGCAUGGUAUUUGGGGAUUAUUGCCCGUACUGUGUUUUCUAAUUUGUCUGGUAGGAUUUUUGCACAAAGUAAAACCUGAUUCAUAUUCAUGAAUUUAGAAACGUCCUCUGUCUACUUGUAGCGUAUAUUUUAUGAUUUCAACCAACGCGUUUUGUGAUGAAGUCAUCCUUCCUUGGAUGGUUUUAGUCCGAUGCUUUUUACUCUUUCACUGGAAUGUGUUCAAGUUACCACAGUACGUCCUGUGACGACUGCGUUAGGUACUGUACUUCUAAGGUUUGACAAUAGACGAAGCAAUCGAAUGAAGUCAUUGAAUGAAGCUGGCAAAUUAGAAGUUAAGAAAUAAAUACUAUUAUUCAUUAUCACAAUAGAGUAAAGAUAAGCUACACAUUCAAGAACAAAUGUAUCUUAAUUCAUAAAAAAAAUUACUAGAGCUAAAAUGUCAAUUUUGUGAAUAUGGAUACUGUACUGUUGUGGUUCAUUCGCGUCACUUAUUUGAAUAGUUAACAUUUCUGAUGAGCAAUUCCCUAUUCAAACUAAAGGUUAUGACAUCGACACAGAAUUAAAUAUGUAACGUGGGAAGACAUUGCUGUCUGAGCACAAUAAAAACAAAACUGAAUUUGAUUUGCUAAUUAAGAAUCCGUCACUUCCAUUUUUUCUACAAUUUUGUACCGUUUCUGUGUUUCAGGUUAUAUAUUUGUAAGAAUUUAAACAGAUGUUCUUGUAGGGUUCAGCAAGUGACUAAUAUAGUGGACAUCCCAAAAGGUGUGAAAUAGAGGCCCUCAUUCUCUAUAGCUACAGAUGUUGUCAUAAUUGCUAAUUUGUUGGGUACUUGUUUUUUGUUUUUUACUGGCUGUUUAACUGUUUUAUAAUAAAUUAUUUGCAUAUGGCAUACUAAAUCUA